AUGGGUCCGAUAAAUCUGCAACAAGGGCGUAUUACUAAUCGCGGCGGAGCUAGCGGUAGCAGUAUCCAGAGGCAAGACCAGGAACAAGCUCUUCGUUCGCAGAUACAGUCGGAAAUCGAACGAAAAGCUAAAUUCUGUGCCAACACGCAGUACGAGUGUACGCUGCCACGUGUUGAUUCAUAUGCUUAUUGCUUUCGUCACAUUCUACAAGACCCAAACGCACCAUACAAGCAGUGUGAAUAUGUUUUCUCUAACGGGCGUCGUUGUUUGGAACCAUCACCAAAGUAUGACGCAAAGAAGGAUUACGGGACGAACUAUUGCUUCGAGCACAGCCGACAGACUCAGCUUAGCAAAACGAAAUCUACCAUUGGAAAGCUCGUACCAGUCGAGACGACGGAAACGCUACUGAACAGUCUCGCUCACCACGUGAAGGUAGACAAAAAGCAGCAGCACUACUUAGGAAGCAAUACGCCUCUGAAGAUAACUGUCCAUGAAGACGAUGAGGAUACCGAUGUGGACAUUGUUACACCAUCGGUGGAUCCAUUUGUUGAUGUUGACGUAACAGCGGUAAAUGAUUCCGGGCGUGUCGUACUUGAUUAUGCCUCUGAUUCGAGCUCUGACGAUGAACCCGUAUACCAUCCUACCUACGGUACGUCCUGGAAAGGUCAUGAGAUGGACAACUCCGACAACGAGAGUGUUGACUCGCAAGGGGACGAUCCGCUGAAACACGCUGGGAUCUACACGGCCGAGGAGGUUACUCGCAUCACCAAGGACAAAUUGAGCCGUUUGCAAUCGCUGUACAUCGACCAGAUUCACCAUUUACAGCAUGUGUUACGCGAGCGACGUCGCAGCUAUCUGAAGGAGCAACGCGCUGAGCGGGACGUACAUUGCAGCAUUUAUGACCAGGUUAAAGAAACACCCCGGGAACGCAUGCUGUACGAGAAAUUGAAGGGUCUCAAUCGAUACCACCGGAAGCACGGUGUCGAGGCAAUUCUACAGCGUAAGUAUUUAGAGAAGCGAGCCAAGGCAACUGAGGGCCUCCAGCACAAGCCUCCGUCGCUACCGAAGUGUUCGUACACUGAGGGCGGAGUGAAGUGUGGUGAGCGAACUUUACCCUGCUGCAAGCACUGCCGUAAGCACAUCCUAGAGGACAAGAAGCAGGUGUUGUUCAGGGCGUGCAGUAUCGACAAGAAUGGUGUAGUCUGCCAAGAACCAUUGGCCGGGCUAUUUGAUAACAUAACCUGUCCAUUGCACAUGGAGCUUCCGGCACAGCGUUCGUUCAACAAACGGAAGUAUGAAUCGGAAUCAGAAGGAGAAUGUGAACUCAGUUCCAUUGAUGCAAACAAGGCCAACGCGGGACAAGAAGUGAAUGCAAAUAUUAAACAAGAAUUGCACGAUGUUGAGAUAAGCGACUUAAAACAAUCAACGAAGAUUGAUGGUAGACGCCGAACUAUCAGGCAGGAUUCGGCCAUAUUAACCCCGACACGCGUACGCAACACCCGCGCUUCGAAAGCUGCCAUGGCAAAGUUAGAUGGGCAACAGCAGCAGACACGUACGUCGAUCGUAUUGUCAGAGGAUCGUAGUAUAAAAAAAGAAAAACUUGAACCGCAUGAACCCGAGCAGAAUCUAACGAUCGUCCAUGACACCAGUAACAGUACUAUCUCCGUAGCCACUGGCGUGUGCCUAGAUCCCAGCGGGAAACGUCCUGAAGUCGACCUGGGCGAUUUGGAGGAAGCUCUACUGCCGGUCAGUAUUAUUGCUAAGAACAAACCAAAGCAAGAAUAUCUGGAUACAGAACUUGGUUUGGCAAAAGAGCAACCGGAACCGAUGGAUACAACGCAAUCGGUAUCACAAUAUACUGCUACAGUAGAGCAUGAGGAAUUCGCAAAAAACACCAUAGCUAAUGAGCAGAAAGCUAUCAGUUCGGAAUUAAUCAAACCAGUGAUUGAAGGUAAACAGAUGAUCAUAGAAGAGACAUUCGAGAAUUCAAUCGAGGUCGAACAGCAAAAUAAGCAGGAGUGUACAAACGAAGAUAUAUUGGACGAAAUCUUGAAUAACCCAGCUUGUGAGGAAAUAGACACAAAUAAACUCGAUCAGAAGGAGUAUUUGAAGAUGUCAAAAGAAACAGUACCAUUAAAGCACCAAAAACAACGACCGGUAUUGGAUGCACUUGAAAGUUUGCGGAAAUCUUCUGAUAAAAAAGAACCACUGAUAAACACUAAAGCGAUGGCAAUAGACCCGCACAAAGAAAUGAGUACGGCAUUCGACGAUUCAGAGGGAACCAACGUUACACAAAUAAAAAACAGCAAGCUGGAGUCGGUAUCUGUAACGGCAGGCACGUCAAGGAAUUCAGAGCUAAAACUGCGUCGUCAGCAAAAGUGA